GCUUGAGCCAUGAUCGCCGCGGCUUUCCUGGUCCUGCUGAGACCCUACAGCAUCCAGUGCGCCCUCUUCUUGCUCCUGCUGCUGCUGGGGACCAUUGCCACGAUUUUAUUCUUCUGCUGCUGGCACCGCAGGCUCCAGAAAGGGAGGCAUCCCAUCAAAUCCGUCUUUUCAGGUCGCUCAAGGAGCCGAGAUGCUGUCAUGAGAACUCAUCACUUUCGCUCUGAGGGCUUUAGAUCCAGCCCUCGCCAUGCCAGAAGACGAGUAGCACCUCGCCUGGAGGAAACACAACCCAUAGUGGAAGCUCACCACCUCAGUGAGCAGGAAACUUCUGUAAGAAAAAGAAAAAUCAAGAAAAGCAGCCGAGUCCAACCAGAAUUUUACCAUUCUGUUCAAGUCACCCCAACUCGAAAACCUAGCUCCGGCAACGCGUCCUACCGAUGCUCCAUGUCGUCCUCCGCCGAUUUCUCCGACGAGGAGGACUUCAGCCAGAGGUCGGGGACGGUGUCGCCGGCGCCGGGGGACACGCUGCCCUGGAACCUGCCCAAACACGAGCGGUCCAAGCGGAAGAUCCAGGGCGGCUCGGUGCUGGACCCCGCCGAGCGGGCCGUGCUGCGCAUCGCCGAUGAGCGUGACAAAGUACAAAAGAAGACAUUCACAAAAUGGAUAAAUCAGCAUCUCAUGAAGGUUCGAAAGCAUGUGAAUGACCUAUAUGAAGACCUAAGAGAUGGACAUAACUUAAUCUCACUUCUAGAAGUCCUUUCUGGAGACACCUUGCCCCGAGAAAAAGGUCGGAUGCGUUUCCACAGACUGCAGAACGUCCAAAUUGCACUUGACUAUUUGAAAAAGCGCCAGGUGAAACUGGUUAACAUCAGAAAUGAUGAUAUAACAGAUGGGAAUCCCAAAUUGACUUUGGGGUUGAUAUGGACCAUAAUUUUGCACUUUCAGAUAUCUGAUAUCCAUGUUACUGGGGAGUCAGAGGACAUGUCUGCUAAAGAGAGACUGCUCCUGUGGUCACAGCAAACAACAGAGGGUUAUGCUGGAGUACGUUGUGAAAAUUUCACUACCUGCUGGCGCGAUGGAAGGUUAUUUAAUGCCAUCAUUCAUAAAUACAGGCCGGACCUGAUAGACAUGAAUACCGUUGCUGUUCAAAGCAACCUUGCAAAUUUAGAACAUGCUUUUUUUGUAGCAGAAAAACUUGGUGUUGCCAGACUUCUGGAUCCUGAAGAUGUUGAUGUUUCCUCACCUGAUGAGAAGUCAGUAAUAACUUAUGUGUCAUCACUUUAUGAUGCAUUUCCCAAAGUACCAGAAGGUGGUGAAGGCAUCAGUGCAAAUGAUGUUGAAGUCAAAUGGGUUGAAUAUCAGAAUAUGGUGAACUACCUCAUGCAGUGGAUCAGACACCAUGUCACGAUAAUGUCUGACAGAACAUUUCCCAAUAAUCCUGUGGAACUGAAGGCACUUUAUAAUCAAUAUUUACAAUUUAAAGAAACAGAAAUUCCACCGAAGGAGACAGAUAAAUCAAAAAUCAAACAUCUAUAUAAACUGCUAGAGGUCUGGAUAGAAUUUGGACGCAUCAAACUUUCUCAAGGCUACCAUCCAAAUGAUAUAGAGAAAGAAUGGGGAAAGCUGAUUAUUGCCAUGCUGGAAAGAGAGAAGACCCUUAGGCCUGAAGUGGAGAGGUUGGAGAUGCUGCAGCAAAUUGCGAACAGAAUUCAGCGGGACAGCCGGAGCUGUGAGGACAAACUGAUACUUGCCCGGAAUGCUCUGCAGUCUGACACCAAGAGAUUGGAGUCAGGGCUCCAGUUCCAGCAUGAGGCAGAGAUAGCUGGGUAUCUUCUUGAAUCUGAGAAUCUUCUCCGCCAGCAAGUGAUUGAUGCCCAAAUUCUUAUUGAUGGAAAAUACUAUCAAGCAGACCAGCUUGUUCAAAGAGUUGCAAAACUUCGUGAUGACCUGAUGGCCCUGCGGACCGAGUGCUCUUCCGUGUACAGCAAGGGGCACGCGCUGACCACGGAGCAGACAAAGCUGAUGAUAUCAGGAAUAACAGAAAGCUUAAACUCAGGAUUUACAACAAACCUAACGCCUGAAUUAAAUGCUGCAAUGACACAGGGUUUAACACCUACUUUGACAUCUGGCCUCUCGUCAGGCCUGAGCUCCAGGCUGACCCCGGCCGUGACGCCCGCCUACCCGCCGGGCAUCCCGCCGCGGUUAAUUCAGAGCUACGUGACGGGGGCCGACAGCGGCGCUCUGCAAACGCUCAAACUGAUGCAAAUCAGAAAACCUCUCAUGAAAUCGGCUUUCGUGGAUCAGAAUUUGACAGAAGAGGAGGUGAACAUGAAGUUUGUCCAGGACCUGUUGAGCUGGGUGGAAGAAAUGCAGGUUCAACUUGAUCGAGUAGAAUGGGGUUCAGAUUUACCAAGUGUUGAAAGCCAUUUGGAAAAUCACAAAAAUGUCCACAAAGCUAUUGAGGAAUUUGAAUCCAGCCUUAAAGAAGCUAAAAUCAGUGAGAUCCAAAUGACUGCCCCUCUUAAACUCAGUUAUGCAGAAAAACUGCACAAACUGGAGAGUCAGUAUUCAAAACUCUUGAACACAUCAAGAAAUCAGGAAAGACAUCUAGAUACUCUUCACAAUUUUGUGUCUCGUGCUACUAGAGAGUUGAUAUGGCUGAAUGAAAAAGAAGAGGAAGAGGUUGCGUAUGACUGGAGUGAAAGAAACCCCAAUAUAACAAGAAAAAAGGAAUAUCAUGCAGAAUUAAUGAGAGAACUUGAUGAAAAAGAAGAAGUUAUUAAAUCAGUACAAGAAAUAGCUGAGCAAUUGCUUCUUGAAAACCACCCAGCCAGGCUAACCAUUGAGGCAUAUAGAGCUGCGAUGCAGACACAAUGGAGCUGGAUUCUGCAGCUCUGCCACUGUGUUGAACAACAUUUGAGAGAAAAUGCUGCAUAUUUUGAGUUUUUCAGCGAUGCCAAAGAAGCCAUGGAAUAUUUGAAGAAUUUAAAAGAUACCAUAUACCGAAAAUACAGCUGUGAUAGAUCAAGCAGUCUUCAUAGGCUGGAAGACCUUGUCCAGGAGUCCAUGGAAGAAAAAGAACAACUCUUGCAGUAUAAGAGCACAGUAGCAGGCCUUGUGGGAAGAGCAAAGGCAAUAAUUCAGCUGAAGCCAAGGAACCCUGACUGUGUACUCAAAACAUCCAUUCCAAUUAAAGCCAUCUGUGACUAUAGACAAAUUGAGAUAACUAUUUACAAAGAUGAUGAGUGUGUAUUAGCAAACAACUCCCAUCGUGCUAAAUGGAAAGUCAUUAGUCCCAGUGGUAAUGAGGCCAUGGUUCCAUCUGUAUGCUUUACAGUUCCUCCACCAAACAAAGAAGCAAUAGAUACAGCCAACAGGAUUGAACAGCAGUUUCAGAAUGUUCUGGCCCUUUGGCAUGAGUCACAUGUAAACAUGAAGAGUGUGGUGUCCUGGCAUUACCUGACAAAUGAAAUUGAAGUUGUUCGAGCUGGCAAUGUUGCCUCAAUAAAGACAAUGCUGCCAGGUGAACAUCAGCAGGUUCUAAGCAAUUUACAGUCCCGCUUUGAUGACUUUGUGGAAGACAGCCAGGAGUCCAAAAUCUUUACAAGCUCUGAUACAGCUCAGCUGGAAAGGGAGGUUAAUGUUUGCAAGCAAUACUAUCAAGAACUUCUGAAGUCUGCAGAAAGAGAGGAGCAGGAAGAAUCUAUUUAUAAUCUGUACAUCUCUGAAGUCAGAAAUAUCCGACUACGACUGGAGAGUUGUGAGGAGCGGUUAAUACGGCAGAUCCGGACGCCGAUGGAGAGGGAUGAUGUACAUGAAAAUGUGCUUAGGAUUUCAGAGCAAGAGAAACUGAAGAAAGAACUGGAUCGGCUGAAGGAUGACUUGGGAGUCAUCACAGAUAAAUGUGAAGAGUUUUUCAGUCAAGCUGCUGGUUCACCUUCAGUUCCUACUCUGCGCUCUGAGCUCAAUGUCGUUAUACAAAACAUGAACCAAGUUUACUCCAUGUCUUCCAUUUUCAUAGAAAAAUUGAAAACCAUCAAUUUGGUGCUGACAAACACCCAAACAGCAGAAUCAUUAGUAAAACACUAUGAAACUAAGUUGUGUGAAGAAGAGGCAGUAACAGCUGACAAAAACAAUAUUGAAAAUCUGAUGGGUACAUUAAAGCAAUGGAGAUCUGAGGUAGAUGAGAAAAGACAAACAUUCCAUGCCUUAGAGGAUGAACUGCAGAAGGCAAAGAUGAUCAGUGAUCAGAUGUUUAAAAUGCACAAGGAACGUGAUCUUGACUUUGACUGGCAUAAAGAAAAAGUUGAUCAGUUGGCUGAGAGGUGGCAAAAUGUUCAUUCUCAAAUUGAAAAUAGGUUGCGUGACUUAGAAGGUAUUAAUAAAUCUCUGAAGUAUUAUAAAGAUACUUACAAUUCUUUGGACACUUGGAUUCAACAAGUGGAAGAUACUCAGCGAAAGAUUCAAGAAAUACACCCUGAAAAUAGCAAAGCAUUGGCUAAGCAAUUGAACCAACACAAGAUGCUGGUUUCUGAGAUUGAAAUGAAACAAAGCAAAAUAGAUGAAUGCCAGAAAUAUUCAGAACAAUACUCAGCUGCUGUGAAGGACUAUGAGUUGCAGACCAUGACCUACAGAGCCAUGGUUGACUCCCAACAAAAAUCUCCAGUAAAGCGACGAAGAAUUCAAAGCUCAUCAGACUUCAUUAUUCAAGAGUUCAUGGAUCUACGGACUCGGUACACUGCCUUAGUGACCUUGAUGACCCAAUACAUUAAGUUUGCAGGUGAUUCCUUGAAAAGACUGGAGGAGGAAGAGAAAUCAAUGGAAGAGGAAAAGAAGGAACAUGUUGAGAAAGCUGGGGAUUUACUGAAAUGGGUGUCAAACCUCAGCAAGACACUCAGCAAAGAAGAAGGAGAAAAGGCUGAAAAGACAGAUUUACCUAAGCAGCAGAUUUCCCUUCAUGAAAUGUCAACCAAAAAAGAACAAAUAGCUGAAGCUCUGCAGACAACUCAGUCAUUUUUAGCUAAGCACAGUGACAAAAUGACAGAUGAAGAGAGACAUGAAAUGGAAAAGCAAGUUAGAUCCCUCCAGGAAAGCUACAGCUUGUUAUCCAAUGAAGCUUUGAAGCAGCUGCAGGAAGCACAUCUGGGUGAUGAAAAGAUGGAAGAAAAGGAUGUGGCUGAGCGGCAGCAGGAGUGCAAGGAGAAGCUGCAGGAGAUCUGUGACUUGCUUACACAGACUGAAAAUCGACUCAUUGGGCAGCGACAGUCCCUUGGCAUUGGAGACAGCAAGGCUGAGCUGGAACAAUACCAGACCAAACAGGAGGAGAUCCAAAAAGACAUGAGAACAAGUGCCCAGACACUGGCAGAGAUUGUGAAAAAUACUGAAGCCUUCUUGAAAGAGAAUGGAGAAAAGUUGUCACAAGAAGACAAGACUGUUCUGGAGCAGAAACUAAAUGAAGCUAAGACAAAGUGUUUGCUCCUUAGCCAGAAGGCAGAAGAGUCCAAAAAAGAACUGGAUAAAGCUAUGACAACGGCAAUUAAGCAGGAAACAGAAAAGGUUGCAGCCAUAGAACAGCUGGAAGAAAGUAAAAAUACAAUAGAAAAUCUUUUGGAUUGGUUAUCAAAUGUGGAUAAGGAAGCGGAGCAUGGCCGGAAAUUUAAGCAAGUGAUAGAACAGAAUGGAACACACUUUGAAGAAGGAGAUGUGAAAGUUUUGGAAGGAGAGGAGGAUGAUGUUAAUGGGAAUCUGCUGGAAAUGCAGCAAGACAUUGAAACUCAGGUGGAUGGACUAGUGAAAAGCAUAGAUGAUAACCUGAACCAGCAGUAUCAGAAAGUCAAGGCUCAACAUGAGAAAAUUAUUUCACAGCAGCAGGCUAUCAUAGUAGCAACUCAGUCUGCUCAGGCACUGCUUGAGAAGCAAGGGCAUUACCUUACCCCUGAAGAAAAGGACAAGAUGCAAAGGAACAUGAAAGAGCUGAAGGCUCAGUAUGAGACUGCUUUGGCUGAAUCAGAGCGAAAAAUGAAAUUGACCCAUUCUCUGAGGGAAGAAUUGGAGAAAUUCGAUGCAGACUAUAGUGAAUUUGAAACGUGGCUGCAGCAGGCAGAACAAGAACUUGACAACUUGGAGGCAGGGGCUUCUGACUUCAGUGGUAUUAUGGUCAAACUGAAAAGGCAGAAGAGUUUCUCAGAAGAUGUUAUCUCUCACAAAGGUGAUUUACGCUAUAUCACAAUUUCUGGACAAAGAGUUUUGGAUGCUGCAAGGUCAUGUAGCAAAAGAGAUGGUGUGAAGGUUGACAAAGAUGGCAUUGAUACUUCAGCUACGUAUGCUGAAGUGCAGAACAAACUGGAUAGAGCUUCAGAGCACUUCAAAUCUCUCUAUACCAAGUGUAGCAUCCUUGGAAAUAACCUUAAAGACCUGGUGGAUAAAUACCAGCAUUAUGAAGAUGCCUCAUCUGGACUUUUGUCAGGUCUCCAGGCCUCUGAAAUAGCUGUGAACAAACAACUCUCAGAGCCAAUUGCAGUGGAUCCCAAAAAUCUCCAAAGACAACUUGAAGAAACCAAGGUUCUUCAGGGACAAGUGUCUAACCACCAAAUUGCUGUAGAAAAACUGAAAAAAGCUGCUGAAGUGUUAUUGGACACAAGGGGAGAGUUGACACCAGACAAAGAUGAGAUUCAGAAAACACUGGAUGAUAUUGUGGAAAGAUAUGACAAUUUAUCCAAAUCUGUGAAUGAGAGGAAUGAGAAGCUUCAAGUAACUCUGACACGAUCCCUAAGUGUGCAGGACGGUUUGGAUGAAAUGUUUGAUUGGAUGGAAGGAGUUGAAAAGAGCCUUAAAGAACAAGAUCAAGUGCCUUUGAAUUCUGCUGCUAUUCAGGACAUUAUUAGUAAAAGCAUUAUGCUAGAACAAGACAUUGCAGGUCGCCAAAGCAGUAUAAACACUAUGAAUGAAAAAGUGAAGAAGUUCAUGGAAACAGCAGAUCCAUCCACUGCAUCCACACUGCAAGCUAAAAUGAGUGAGCUUGCAGGAAGGUUUUCUGAAGCAAGUAACAAGCAUAGAGAGAAGCUUAUGAAAAUGGAAGAAUUGAAGACUAAAGUGGAGUUAUUUGAAAGUCUUUCAACAAAACUUCAAUCAUUUUUAGAUGAGAAAAACCGGGCUCUAAGUGAGACAGAGGCACCAAGAAAGGAUGUCAGUGAAGUGUCCCAGUACAUGCAGGAAGCUAGUGUAGAAUUGGCACAACAUAAGAAGGAUCUGGAAGUUUUGAAGCAGCUCCUUGAAGAACUUUCAUUCCAUGCUCUUCCUGGAGAUAAAGCACUGGUAUCAGAAAAAGUAAAUGCUUUGUCAAAGAAAUUCAAAGAGGUAGAGGAGACAAUAAAAGAAAAAGAAGAGGAUGUAUCAUCUUGUCAGAAAGAAAUGGAUGCUUUUGAGCUCCUUGUAGAAUCAUUAAAGAAAUGGAUAAAAGAGACGACAGAACGAAUUCCCGCAGCACAGCCCUCUCUGAAUACAGAGGCGUUAAAGAAACCUUUGGAAGAUACAUUGAAUUUAAAAGAUGAAUGGACAUUAAAGGCACCUGAACUGCAGAAAAUGAAUAGCAGAGGAACUUUGCUGUGUAGCUUAAUCACUGCUGUGACUUCUCCUGCAAAACUGAGAGCAGUUGCCAAAUCAGGUAGCACAAUUUUAAAUGGUGAAGGAGGAGCUCCAGGAACUCAGGAUUUCUUGAAAAAUAAAGAACUGACAACUGUUCAACAAGCCAUGUCUAAUGUAAAUCACAGCUAUGAAGAUUUGGGAGUUUUAUUGAAUGAAAAGAUUUCAGAACUAGAAAGUAUGCUUUCAAAAAUGCAAAAUAUUCAGGAAGAAUCAGCCUCAAUGAUGCAAUGGUUGCAAAAAAUGGACAAAACUGCAUCAGACUGGGAAGCUGCUCCAACAGAUAGUGAAGCAGUUAAAGCCCAAGUUGAACAACAUAAGCUUUUUGAAACUGAAUUAAAGCAAAGUGCAAAUAAAGUGCAGGAACUGAAGGACAAAGUUACAGAGCUGUUGGAGAAGAACCCUAACUCUCCUGAGGCACCUAAGUGGAGACAAACAUUGGAUAAAAUAGAUUCCAAAUGGAAAGAGCUCAAUCAAGUUACAUCUGAGAGACAACAAAAACUGGAGGAGUCUUCAAAUUACCUGAUCCAGUUCCAGACAGCAGAAGCUCAGCUAAAGCACUGGCUUGUAGAAAAGGAGCUAAUGGUCAGUGUGCUGGGACCAUUAUCAAUUGAUCCUAAUAUGCUGAACACACAAAAGCAACAGGUUCAGAUUCUGCUCAAAGAGUUUGACACCAGAAAGCCACAAUAUGAGCAGUUAACUAUGGCUGGGCAGGGGAUUCUGGAGAGACCUGGUGAACAUCCACCCUCACAUGAAAUUGUAAAAGAGCAACUGGCAGCUGUGGCACAAAAGUGGGACAGUCUAACCAGCCAGCUGAAGAAGAGAUGUGACCGAAUCGACCAAGCCAUUGUGAAAAGCACAGAGUAUCAAAGUUUACUCAGAAGUCUCUCUGAUAAGCUAAGUGCCUUGGAUAAUAAACUCAGCAGCAGCCUGGCUGUGAGCACACAGCCCGAUGCUGUGAAACAACAGCUGGAAAUUGCUAAAGAAAUGAAGGAGGAAAUAGAACAGGAAAUGAAGAAUAUAAAUGCAGCACAAGCUCUUUGUGAAGAACUGUCAACACUGGUUGGGGAAGAGUAUUUGAAAGCAGAACUUACAAGACAAUUAGAUGGCAUCUUAAAAUCAUUUAAGGACAUCGAGCAAAAAUCAGAUAACCAUGUUCAGCAGCUUCAGUCAGCAUACACCACUUCUCAUCAGUUCCAGCAGAUGUCCAAAGACUUUGAGGGCUGGCUAAGCAAAAAGAAAGAAGAGCUGAACCAGGCUCAUCCUGUGUCAGCCAAACUUGAGGCCUUGCAAUCACUCAUUGAAGAACAGAAAGAUUUUAAGAAGACAAUGACCGAUCAGAUUAGUUCCUAUGAAAGAAUUGUUGCAGAAGGAGAAAGUAUCUUACAGAAGACUCAAGGAGAUGACAAAGCAGAGUUACAAUCCCAAAUUGCCACACUCAAGAAUAACUGGGACGAAAUGAAUAAAAAGGUAAAAGAAAGGGAGGACAAAUUAGCAGAUUGUUUGGAGAAAGCCCUCAAAUAUAAGCAGCAUGUAGAAAAUCUGCAGCCAUGGAUAGAGAAGUGCCAAAGCAACCUGUGUGAAUUGAAAGUUGGCAUAAACCCUGUUGAAAUAGAGGAUUCUAUUGUUCAGGUGAGGGCAUGGCAGAAGGACCUGGAUAAACACCAUGGGAUGGUGGAACUAUUAAAUAAUUCUGCUGAAAGUUUGCUCAAUGCAAGUCAAACAGAUAAAGAAAUUAUUCAAGAAGAAACUAAGGUGCUGAAUCAGAAUGUGAAAGUGGUUACAGAACAGUUACAUAAGAAGAGAGAGUGCUUGGAAAAUAUGGCACAAAGACUGAAAGAAUUUCAGGACUCAUCCAGGGAAACUGAAAGACAGCUUAAAAGUGCCAAAGAGCAUCUGGAAGCUCAUGACUCGCUUGGACCUCAGUCAUUCAGUAACAAACACCUGACAAUGAUGCAGGCCCAGCAGAAAGCCUUGCAAGCUUUAAAGCCUCACAUUGAUUUAGCAAAAAAGCUUGCCCAAGACCUGGUGGUAGAAGCUUCUGAUUCAGCAGGUGUUUCUGACCUCUUACUCCAAGCUGAGUCUUUGGAGCAAGAAUACACUACAGUGAAGCAGCAAGUUGAGGAUAGGUGCUCAUUCCUAGAGACCAAACUUCAGGGAAUUGGCCACUUCCAAAACAGCAUCCGAGAGAUGUUCUCUCAGUUUGCAGAGUUUGAUGAUGAACUUGAUAGCAUGGCUCCAGUGGGAAGGGAUCUCAAGGUACUGCAGUCACAGAGAGAGGACAUAAAAUGUUUCAUGAAAAAGUUGGAGGAUCUUAUAAUGAAUAAUGAAAAUGCUAAUAAAAACUGUAAAAUAAUGCUGGCCACAGAAGCUGAAGCUUCUCCUGAUCUUGUUGGUAUAAAGAGAGACUUGGAAGCUCUAAAUAAACAGUGCAACAAGCUAAAAGACAGAGCAAAAGCCAGGGAAGAUCAAGUGGAGGGUGCUAUUUGCCGUGUUGAGGAGUUUUACACUAAGCUAAAAGAAUUUUCCACUCUGCUUGGGAGAGCUGAAGAACAUGAAGAGUCACAAGGUCCUGUUGGAAUGGAAACAGAAGCUAUUAAUCAGCAGCUGAAUACAUUCAAGGUAUUCCAGAAAGAAGAAAUUGAACCCUUACAAGUAAAACAACAGGAAGUAAAUUGGUUGGGUCAGGGCCUUAUUCAGAGUGCUGCUAAAAGUACCAGCACAGAAAACCUUGAACACGACCUUGAAGAUGUCAACACCCGAUGGAAGACUCUUAAUAAGAAGGUUGCCCAGCGUGCUGCACAAUUGCAGGAAGCCCUUCUCCACUGUGGGAGAUUCCAGGAUGCCCUUGAAUCUCUGCUUAGCUGGCUCAUUGAUACAGAAGAUCUUGUGGCUAAUCAGAAACCACCAUCUGCUGAAUUCAAAGUUGUCAAGGCCCAAAUACAGGAACAGAAGCUCCUGCAGAGGCUGCUGGAUGACCGCAAGCCGACUGUUGAGGCAAUCAAGCGCGAAGGGGAGAAAAUUGCGGAGUCAGCAGAGGCUGCUGACAGAGUGAAGAUUCUGAAGCAGCUGAGUUUCCUGGACAGCCGAUGGGAUGCCUUGCUCAGUAAAGCUGAAACGAGGAACCGUCAGCUGGAGGGCAUCUCGGUGGUAGCGCAGCAGUUCCAUGAAGCGCUGGAGCCGCUGGUGGAGUGGCUGACAGCCACAGAGAAGAGGCUUGCAAAUGCAGAGCCCAUUGGGACACAGGCCUCCAAACUGCAGCAGCAGAUUGCUCAGCAUAAAGCCCUAGAAGAUGAUGUCCUAGCUCACAAUAAGAGUUUGCAUCAGGCCAUUAGUGCUGGUCAGUCUCUAAAGACUAUGAGCUCCAGGGAAGAUAAAGAUAUGGUGCAGGAAAAGCUAGAUUCUGCUCAGGCACGAUACAUUGAAAUUCAAGAGAAGAGCAACAGCAGGUCUGAACUUCUCCAGCAAGCUUACAGCAAUGCUCAGAUUUUUGGGGAGGACGAAGUUGAAUUGAUGAACUGGCUGAAUGAAGUCCAUGAUAAACUGAACAAAUUAUCAGUCCAAGACUGCAACACAGAAUUGCUUGAGAAACAGCACUCUGAACUACUGGAUCUUCAGGAAGAGAUUCUUCUUAGAAAACAAAAUGUUGAUUUGGCUAUACAAAAUGGCUUAGAGCUUCUCAAGCAAACAACAGGUGAUGAAGUUGUAAUUGUUCAAGAUAAACUGGAAGGCAUUAAAGCAAGAUACAAAGAUAUUACAAAAUUAAGUUCUGAUGUAUCCAAGACUUUAGAGCAGGCUCUGCAGCUUGCAGGCCAACUGCACUCAACUCAUGAGGAACUCUGCAAAUGGCUUGAUGAAGUAGAGAUGGAGUUACUCUCAUAUGAAACUCAAAUGCCAAAGGGUGAAGAAUUAAGCCAAGUACAAGAAAGACAAAAAGAGCUGAAGAAAGAAGCAAAGAACAACAAAGGCUUGGUGGACACUCUGAAUGAGGUUGGCAGUGCCUUCCUGGAGCUGGUGCCGUGGAGGGCCAGAGAGGGGCUGGACAAGAUGAUAACGGAGGACAACGAGCGUUACAGAUUAGUGAGUGACACCAUCUCUCAGAAGGUGGAUGAGAUCGAUGCUGCCUUCCUGAGAUCCCAGCAGUUUGAUCAAGCAGCUGAUGCUGAAUUUGCCUGGAUUGCAGAAACAGAAAAGAAACUGAUGUCUCUGGGUGAUAUUAGGCUUGAGCAAGACCAGACCACUGCUCAGCUGCAAGUUCAAAAGGCUUUUACCAUGGAGAUUUUAAGGCACAAAGAUACUAUAGAUGAACUUGUUAAAUCUGGGGAUAAGAUUAUGAAAACAUGCACUGAAGAAGAGAAACAGAUGAUGAAGAAAAAAAUUGAAAGCCUCUUACAGAAAUAUGAUCAAGUCUGUCAAAUGAACUCAGAGAGAAACCUCCAGCUGGAACGGGCUCAGUCCCUAGUCAACCAGUUCUGGGAGACUUAUGAAGAGCUUUGGCCAUGGUUAACUGAAACAGAAAUGAUCAUCUCUCAGCUUCCUGCACCAGCCCUUGAAUAUGAAACACUAAAACAACAACAAGAAGAACAUAGGCAACUGCGUGAGCUGAUUGCUGAGCACAAGCCUCAUAUAGAUAAGAUGAACAAAACUGGGCCUCAGUUGCUGGAGCUGAGCCCAGGAGAAGGCUUUUCUAUCCAAGAGAAAUAUGUGGCAGCUGACACCCUGUACAGUAAAAUUAAGGAAGAUGUCAAAAAGCGAGCACUGGCACUGGAUGAAGCCAUUUCUCAGUGUACCCAGUUCCAUGACAAGAUAGAUCCAACUCUGGAGAGUCUGAAGCGCAUAGUUGAACGUCUGAGGCAGCCACCGUCGAUCUCAGCAGAGGUUGAGAAGAUAAAAGAGCAGAUCAGUGAAAAUAAGAAUGUGUCAGUGGAUCUGGAAAAACUUCAGCCAGUGUAUGAGACACUUAAACAGAGAGGGGAGGAGAUGAUCGCUCGCUCAGAAGGCGCUGAUAAGGAUAUGUCUGCUAAAGCUGUUCAAGAUAAACUAGACCAAAUGGUCCUAAUUUGGGAGGACAUCCAGACUCUGACUGAGGAAAGAGAGGCCAAACUGUUGGAUGUAAUGGAACUAGCUGAAAAGUUUUGGUGUGAUCAUAUGGCUCUUGUAGCUACUAUUAAAGAUACUCAGGACUUCAUUCGAGAACUGGAGGGACCUGGAGUUGACCCAUCUGUAGUCAAGCAACAGCAAGAAGCUGCAGAGGCUGCUAAAGAAGAGAUUGAUGGACUACAAGAAGAACUAGAAGCAGUUGUGAGCCUUGGCUCUGAGCUGAGAGCUGCUUGUGGAGAGCCUGACAAACCCAUUGUCAACAAGAGUAUAGAUGAGCUGAAUUCUGCCUGGGAUGCACUAAACAAAACAUGGAAAGAACGUGUGGAUAAGCUUGGGGAAGCUAUGCAGGCAGCAGUUCAAUACCAGGAUGGACUACAGGCAUUAUUUGACUGGGUGGACAUUGCUGGCAGCAAGUUAGCAUCUAUGUCCCCAGUUGGAACAGAUCUGGAGACAGUGAAGCAGCAAACAGAGGAACUUAAGCAAUUUAAGACAGAAGCUUAUCAGCAGCAGAUAGAAAUGGAAAGACUGAACCAUCAGGCAGAACUAUUGCUAAAGAAAGCAACACAAGAGAGUGACAAGCACACUGUUCAAGACCCUCUCUCAGAGCUCAGACUAUUGUGGGACAGCCUAGAAGACAAAAUUAUAAGUAGACAGCACAAGCUGGAAGGUGCCUUGUUGGCCUUGGGGCAGUUCCAGCAUGCCCUGGAUGAGUUACUGGCAUGGCUGACACAUACAGAAGAUUUGCUGAAUGAACAAAAACCCGUGGGUGGAGACCCCAAGGCUAUUGAAAUUGAACUUGCCAAACAUCAUGUGCUACAAAAUGAUGUUUUCGCUCAUCAGUCUACGGUGGAAGCUGUUAAAAAAGCAGGAAAUGACCUGAUUGAAUCAAGUGCUGUUGAAGAAGCAAGUAAUUUACGGAGCAAGUUGGAACUCCUGAAUCAGCGCUGGCAAAACUUGUUGGAAAAAACAGAGCAAAGGAAGCAGCAGCUGGAUAGUGCCUUGAUCCAGGCUCAAGGUUUCCAUGGUGAAGUUGAGGAUCUGCAGCAAUGGCUGACAGACACUGAACGUCAGCUGUUGGCAUCAAAACCUGUUGGAGGCUUACCAGAAACAGCAAGAGAGCAGCUUAAUGCACAUAUGGAACUUUGUGCUGCCUUUGAGGCCAAAGAAGAGACAUACAAGUGUUUAAUGCAGAAAGGCCAGCAGAUGCUUGCAAGAUGCCCAGAGUCUGCUGAAACAAAUGUUGAGCAGGACAUAAAUAACUUAAAAGAAAAAUGGGAAUCUGUGCAAACAAAACUCAGUGAAAGAAAAACCAAACUGGAAGAAGCCCUCAAUUUAGCAAUGGAGUUCCACAACUCACUUCAAGAUUUCAUCAACUGGCUUACUCAGGCUGAGCAGACUCUAACUGCAGCUUCUCGGCCAAGUCUUAUCUUGGACACUGUCUUAUUUCAAAUUGAUGAACACAAGGUUUUUGCCACAGAAGUGAACUCUCAUCGAGAUCAGGUCAUAGAGCUGGACAAAAAUGGAACCCAUUUGAAAUAUUUCAGCCAGAAACAGGACGUUGUCCUUAUUAAGAAUCUGCUGAUCAGUGUACAGAGUCGAUGGGAAAAAGUAGUCCAACGCUUAGUUGAAAGGGGAAGAGCUUUGGAUGAUGCAAGGAAAAGAGCCAAACAGUUUCAUGAAGCCUGGCAUAAACUUAUGGAAUGGCUGGAAGAAUCAGAGAAAUCUCUGGACUCAGAUCUUGAAAUUGCAAAUGACCCUGACAAAAUAAAGAUGCAGCUUGCACAGCAUAAGGAAUUCCAGAAAUCUCUUGGUGCCAAACAUUCUGUGUAUGAUACCACGAAUAGGACUGGACGUUCCUUGAAAGAGAAAACCACCUUGGCUGAUGACAAUUUGAAACUUGAUGACAUGCUGAGUGAACUAAGAGAUAAAUGGGAUACAAUUUGUGGAAAGUCAGUGGAAAGACAAAAUAAACUGGAGGAAGCCCUGCUGUUUUCAGGACAGUUUACUGAUGCUCUGCAAGCUCUCAUUGACUGGUUAUACAAAAUUGAACCUCAACUAGCAGAAGACCAGCCAGUACAUGGAGACAUCGAUUUAGUAAUGAACUUGAUUGACAACCAUAAGGUUUUCCAGAAGGAGCUGGGAAAAAGAACCAGCAGUGUCCAGGCUCUGAAGCGCUCUGCAAGGGAGCUGAUAGAAGGCAGCCGUGAUGACUCUUCCUGGGUCAAAGUCCAAAUGCAGGAGCUGAGCACUCGCUGGGAGACAGUUUGUGCCCUCUCAGUAUCCAAGCAGACACGACUGGAACAGGCCCUUCGGCAGGCAGAAGAAUUCCACUCAGUUGUGCAUGUCCUUUUGGAGUGGCUGGCAGAGGCAGAGCAGGCUCUUCGUUUCCACGGCAUCCUCCCAGAUGAUGAAGAGGCCUUGAGAACGCUUAUAGAGCAGCACAGGGAAUUUAUGAAGAAACUGGAAGAGAAAAAGGCAGAACUGAAUAAAGCAACAGGUAUGGGAGAAGCUAUUCUGGCUAUCUGCCACCCAGACUCCAUCACCACCAUUAAGCACUGGAUAACCAUCAUCAGAGCCAGGUUUGAAGAGGUCUUAGCAUGGGCUAAACAACAUCAACAGAGACUGGCAGGAGCUCUGGCUGGACUCAUUGCUAACCAGGAGCUGCUGGAAGCCUUGCUGUCCUGGUUGCAGUGGGCAGAAACUACACUGACUGAAAAAGACAAAGAGGUCAUCCCCCAGGAGAUUGAGGAGGUUAAAGCACUUAUAGCUGAACAUCAGACAUUCAUGGAAGAAAUGACCAGAAAACAGCCUGAUGUGGAUAAAGUUACAAAGACCUACAAAAGGAAAGCACUUGAACCCUCUCCAGUACAAUCUCAUAUUCCUGUCCUUGAUAAGGGGAGAGCAGGAAGAAAGCGUUCCCCAACACCAGGCAUUUAUCCCUCAGCAGCCCAGGCACAAAUUGAAACCAAGAAUCCACGGGUAAACCUUUUAGUCAGCAAAUGGCAGCAAGUUUGGCUUCUGGCAUUGGAAAGAAGGAGAAAACUUAACGAUGCUUUGGACAGACUUGAAGAGCUGAGAGAAUUUGCCAACUUUGAUUUUGAUAUUUGGAGGAAAAAAUACAUGCGAUGGAUGAACCACAAGAAGUCUCGUGUGAUGGACUUCUUUAGGAGGAUUGAUAAAGAUCAGGAUGGAAAGAUUACAAGACAGGAAUUCAUUGAUGGAAUUCUUUCUUCAAAGUUCCCUACGAGCCGACUUGAAAUGAGUGCUGUUGCAGACAUUUUUGAUAGAGAUGGUGAUGGAUAUAUUGACUAUUAUGAAUUUGUAGCAGCUCUUCAUCCAAACAAGGAUGCAUACAAGCCUCUCACAGAUGCUGACAAAAUUGAAGAUGAGGUUACAAGGCAGGUAGCGAAAUGUAAAUGUGCGAAACGGUUUCAAGUGGAACAGAUUGGGGAUAACAAGUACAGGUUCUUCCUGGGAAAUCAGUUUGGUGACUCUCAGCAACUGCGCCUUGUUCGUAUCCUAAGAAGUACGGUCAUGGUCCGUGUUGGAGGUGGCUGGAUGGCACUUGAUGAGUUCUUAGUGAAAAAUGAUCCUUGCCGUGCUAAAGGGAGGACAAACGUGGAGCUGCGUGAAAAAUUCAUUUUGGCAGAUGGUGCCAGUCAGAGCAUGGCAGCUUUCCGACCAAGGGGCCGUAGAUCACGACCCUCUUCCAGAGGUGCUUCUCCCAACAGAUCUACUUCUCUGUCAAGUCAAGCUGGCCAGGCAGCUGCCCCACAGGCUGUUGCUACAAGUACACCGAAGACACCACAUCAUUUAACACGCAACUAUGGUAAACCAUGGUUGACAAACAGCAAAACAUCAACUCCUUCUAAGCCACCAGAAUCCUCAGACUAUCAAGGGUCAUCUGCAGAGGGAACACCAAUUCAAGGAAGUAAACUGAGACUGCCAGGGUAUCUAUCAGGGAAGGGUUUCCACUCAGGAGAAGACAGUGGCAUCCUGUCAACAGCAGCUACCAGAGUCAGAGCUCAGUUUGCAGACACCAGAAGAACUCCAAGCAGACCUGGUAGCCGAGCAGGAAGCAAGGCUGGCAGCAGGUCGAGCAGCCGCCGCGGCAGUGACGCGUCUGACUUUGACAUCUCAGAAAUCCAGUCUGUGUGCUCCGAUAUGUCAGAGACUGUUCCUGCCACCAGCAGGCCGACACCCCGAGCAGGCUCUCGGCCAGGAUCCGCCAAGCCUUCUAAAAUUCCAACCCCCCAGAGAAGGCCACUAGCCAGCAAAUCGGACAAGUCCUUGAAGAGAUAAUAUGAUUGGCUCCAUAAAGGUCUUUUCCUUUUGCAUUAAAUAUUUAAGUUCAUAAGAUGUAAAAUAUUAUGUAGAAAUUACUGUGAAAUAUCGCAAGAGGUGGAUUUUUAAUUCUGCAGAUGGCCUUAUUUGUGUAUUUGUCUUCUUAUUUUAUGUGUAUAAUUUUUGUCAGAUUUUUUUUUGUUUUGCCAUAUCCUGUGAGAAGGGGAAGAGUUCUAAUGUAAACUAACAGUUGUACACAGUAACAUGUAGAGAGUACGCUAAAAAGAAUUGCUGAAUGUACAGUGUACUGAAUGUACAGUAAGUCUCUGCAACCUCAAUAAAAAAGGCCUAUCACUAUGUCAUUAGUUAACAGUAAAGGAUACCUCAUGAUUUUUCUUUAAAAAAGAAAAAGAGAAUACUGAAAGCCAAAAGACACAAUUACACAUUUUGAGCUAACUAAACAAACACUAAAUGAUGUAUGUCAAAAGUACUAAGGAAUACAAACACACCUUCACAGUACCCUUAUUUAUACAGCAUCUCUCAGAGAACUCACAGAGUUAAUUAAGCACUUGCCAAUUAUAUGAUACUCCAAUACCUUGCAGCAUUUCUGUGCCAUUGCUUUCAAUGAGGCCAGACACAUUCUGGAUAUCUGAACUAUUAUUCUGUAAGAAUAUCAAUAUAAAGUGCAUUCAUGUAAAUGUGAGGUUUUCUUUUGCUUGAGUGGAUGGUAGCACUGUAUCAUUGAACUCAUUUUGUAUCAAAGCAAUUUUGCUUGCAGAAAGCUCAGAAAUAAACAUGUCCCUUAACUUUAUUUCUAUUGUAUUUCUUAUUUCACAGGAAGGUAAUUUUCUGUGUUAUGUUUUAGAGCAUAUGCCAUUUCAGAUGACCAAUAAUUACCAUAGGAACACAGGCUUUAAUGUUGUUUCCCAUUAUCAGCUAUCUGAUUUUGGUUAGCUACUGUAUUUGUUUAAUAAAACACUAAAUUGCACAUA